AUGUGGUCAUCUCCACCUACCACCUCCGCCACCCCCCCAAAUCCUCAGGCGGUGACCUCUGAGCCUCGCCGCGUUUCCAUGGAAACCUACUGGAGAGAAGUGCGGAGCAUUGAGGAGGAGAAGGAGGGACAAGAAGAGGAGGAGGAGGAGGAGGAGAGGAAGAGUAUGGACGAGGUGGAGUUGGAGGAGGCGUGGCUGACGGAGGCGGGGUUAUCCUCCCUGGUGACGGGCUCAGAUGAGGCAUCGCCACCGCCUGCCGAGGCGCUGCUGUCCACGUUGACACGGCAACAAGCUGCCACGGUGAAGAAAAGGUUGGACAACUACAACGAGACGCUGAAGAUGAGAAAUAGGCAGCCAAUCAGAGACGUCCGGGACAUCUUCACUGAGCCCGACGAUGACUCAGCAGAAAGAGGCCCCUCCCCUCCCUCUCACCGCGCUGAGUCACCACCAAGUCGAUACCACACCACCACCAAAACCAUCCGGCGAAACACUCACAGAGUUCGACCAGCUCUUCCCACCUUUCCGUUUGAGGAUCAGCUGCCUGAACACCCGCCGUCCCCGACAAACACCCGCUCUCCAACACACAGCCCUCCCCCGCCCGUCAGUCAGUGGAGGCAAGCCGAUUGGCUGCUGCGGGACUCGCCGUACUCAGAGGGCGUGACUGAGCACAAGAGGGGCGGGACUUGUUGGGACUGCCUGCGUUUUCAUGGAGACGACAGUGGUGACCUGCCGUUCGUACCCGUCUCUCCCUCUCACGGUCUCGCCUCAGCAGACGACCUGUCGUCAUGUGACCUCACCCGCCUCGGCUUCAUCUCUCACAUCGAGCUCUCCACCUUCCUGCUCGCUCUGGGCGUCCAACCCAAACGCACCCGUCCGCCGCGCCGCAGGAGCCGGGACAGCGGUGUGUUUGGUGUUCCCCUGAAUGUGCUGUUGGAGAACGACAGGAAGAAAUUUCCUGGAGUCAAAGUUCCUGUCGUCUUCCAGAAGCUGUUGUGUAUUUUAGAGCAGACCGGCCUGCAGACUGAAGGGAUUCUCAGAGUACCGGGAUCAGCUGCCAGACUGAAGUACCUGCGCAGAGAGAUAGACAGGUGUUGUGGAAGGUUCGACUGGUCUGCGGUGAGACAGGUUGACGCUGCAGGUCUGCUGAAGCUGUUCAUCAGAGAGCUGCCGACACCUCUGCUGACACACACGCACCUGUCCACCUACCGCUGUGUGCUGGGUAUCCCAUCUGUGGUCCAUCAGGUCCAGGCUCUGCAACUGCUGCUGCUGCUGCUUCCUGAAGCCAACAGAGACACGUUCAAAGCACUGCUGGUCUUCCUGCAGAAGGUGGUCUCUCAUCAGGAGCAGAACCGGAUGUCUCUGUGGAACGUCUCCAUGGUCAUGGCGCCCAACCUGUUCACCUGCCAUCACCAUGGCAACAAGUGCUCCAUCGCUAAACAACAGGAGGAGAUGGAGGAGGCGGUAGGCGGGGCUCACCUGGUCCGACUGAUGAUCACACACCAGGAUCUGCUGUGGACCAUCCCCAGCUUCCUGCUGUCUCAGGUGAGACAGAUGAAUCAGGCGUCCAAUCAGAAACAGCUCGGCCUGACCAAGAGACUACUGCUGAGGAGAAAGAACGACAAGAACGAAAGGAAUCAGAUCACGGAGCUGUGUGAAGGUGUGAUCCGGGUUCACGCUCCCCUGCACACCAAGGUCUCCAUGGCGAUACAGCUUGAUGGACAGACAAGAGCUAAAGACGUCAUCGCCCGCUUUGAGUGUGACAACAGUCCUGUCCAGCGUCUGUAUGAAGUCGGAGGAAACAUCGGUGAGCGUCGCCUCCAUCCAGACUGUUUGCUGUUGGACGUUUACAAAGUGAAUCCUCACUGCGAUUGGCUGAUCAAACCAUGACUCACGCCUCUCUAACCAUCCCGUC